AAGGAGGGCAUGGAAAGAGAGCAAGCCUGGACGCACAUGAAGAGAAAAUAUCGGGCAGGUUUCACCAGCCGUCCAGGGCAAAAGUAAUCUGAGGCGAAAAUAGAAGAUAAAAAGGAAAAAAUCUAGUAAAGUGAAAAAAAGACUAAGUCAUCACAGUAAUCUGAAGUUUUUCUCAGAAAAAUGUGCUUAUAAAAACCUGACUGAAUAUUCAAACUCUUGGACCAAAGAAAUGGAAUACAAGAGAUAAAGAAAAGCUGCAAUUUUCCGCUUGAUAAUCACACAACUAAAAUGUUACAAUAUAAUGGUUCAGAAAGAAUGUUUUUAGUUGAAGAAAAAGGACUUUAACCUAACACCUGUUCUUUAUGCCAUUUUGGAUACCAGAAGCUUAAUGGAUUCCAUGUUGAUGCCAGACCAGGCGAACCUCAGGAGGUUGGUGACACCAUCAUGGUCAAUGUGACCCCAACUGGAACUCUGGAGAAGGAUGAUGUUGAAUACAACUAUCUGGCCCUUGUGUUUGGAAUCCUACUCAUCCUGAUUAUCAUUCUGGGAAACAUCCUGGUUUGCUUGAGUGUGCUAACAGAACGAUCUCUGAAAACUGCAACAAACUAUUUCAUUGUUAGCCUGGCUGUUGCGGACCUCCUUCUGGCUGUUCUGGUCCUUCCACUAUAUGUGUAUUCAGAGUUCCUGGGUGGUAUAUGGACUCUAAACACCUAUAUCUGUGAUGCAUUGAUGACCAUGGACGUGAUGCUCUGCACUGCCUCUAUUCUUAACCUGUGUGCUAUCAGUGUUGAUAGGUACAUUGCUGUGAUAGUUCCCCUGAAGUACAACAGGAACCAGUUCAGUAUGCGCCAGCUGAUCCUAAUCACAGCCACCUGGGUCCUGUCCUUCGGGGUUGCCAGUCCCGUAAUAUUUGGCCUGAAUCGGGUCCCCAACCGAGAUAAGCAUGUUUGCAAGCUGGAGGAUGACAACUUCAUCGUAUACUCCUCAGUGUGCUCUUUCUUUGUGCCUUGCCCCGUUAUGCUACUGUUGUACUAUUGGAUGUUCCGCGGGCUGAGGAAAUGGAGCGCCAGCCGCAAGUCGAACUUGAUGAGGGGCGAGAGGCGCUUCUCACUCAGCCUGAAGGGGCUCCGUCGGGAGAGGAGGGAGAAGGUGAAGUACUUGAUGCCCAGCCUCAGCCCCACUGCUGCUAACCCGGCAAACAUGCCGGAGAAUGACCUGAUAACCACUCAGCUAGACAGCACGUCUGAUGUGGAGGCACAGGAAAGGCUGAAAGAAGGGAGUCCAAAGGAGAACGGUCUGAAAAACCAUGGCUUGGGCAAGGGGUCCCAGAGCAAGAGCCACAGGGUGAGUGGCAGGGAACGCAAAGCAAUGAAAGUCCUACCCAUCGUUGUAGGUGUAUUUCUGGCUUGCUGGACACCAUUCUUCGUAGUCCAUGUUACCAAGGUUCUUUGUGUAUCAUGUGACAUUGGACCAACACUGAUCAGUGUAGUUACAUGGCUGGGAUAUGUGAACAGUGCAGUAAAUCCCAUUAUCUACACAGCUUUUAACACAGAAUUUAGGAAUGUCUUUCAAAAACUAUUAUGCUGUCAAACAUGAAGUCUCCAUAUUAUGUACAGAGAAAAAAUAUACAAAAUGUAUGACUCUUUAUUUUGUUAGUGUGUUAAGUUAAAGAGUGACAUUAUUUUUUGAAAAAAUAAUCCUGGAAAACAUAUUCCAGUACCUUCAUUGCCUUAGUUGAUAUAAUUGUGAAUUCAAGAAGGACAUUUCUAUGCUGCCUCUUUUACGAUGAUGUUCUACAGUAAAUGUAUUAAGCUCAUUUGUGUAAAAUAUUGCUUGCAAACUGUAGUUUAUAAAUCCUAGCCCAGAGACAUAAAAAUUGUGAAAAUGUGCACAUUAUUUAAUGAAACUGCAGUGUGAUUUUAUUCUAUUCUAUUUGUGUGUUUUUUUGUAAUAUUAUGUCAGAAACAGCUUCUCAAUUUCACUUCUCACAUCUGUACAGUAUAUUAAAAAAGCCGUUAGCCUUCUCAACGCAGCUUCUUCCUUUGGACAAUUUCUUGACCAUUAACUGACAGCUGGAGCAAUCCACCUUCAAAAUGAGAUGAAAUUAUUGAAGAUACUGAGUUAAAUUAUUUUCUUGCACUUCAGAAACAAGUGGAUAAUGGAGGACAGCUCUGUGGCUGAACUUUAAAGACUGGACACAUACAAACUCAAGAUGUUUGCCCUGUCUGAAGAUAGGAGACUAACAAGGACAUGUUUCACUUGUAGUUGAGAAUUUUGUUUGGAGUUAAUAAAACAAUAAACAUAACCACCCUUGUAGCGGAUCAUAGGUUUGGAAAAAGAUUUUUCAAUAUACAGUAAAGGGUAACUGAUACAUACCUGUGGUAAGCUGCUGUACAUUUGUGUAAUGAAACCACCAGUGUUGAACCAGUAAUCUUUUUCAAGACAAUGUACUUUUAUAGUGUAUUCUGGAAAUGUGAAAGAUUAAUCUAUUGUCCAUAUCGGUGAAAAAUCAUAGCAGUUUUGUUUUUCGGGAUCUUACAGGAAUUAAAUUAUCUGAGGCACCAAGAUUUCCACGAUGGAGGCCCUUUUAAAGGUAUAAUAUGGUAUACACAAUGAUUCAUGAGGAAAAAAAAACAUUUUUAUGACAGUAAUAAUAGCAUCCAAUUUUAAUUAUUCGUGGAAUCUCAUAGUGCAGUCUAAGAUUAUUAAAGGGAAUAUGUGAUACUAUUUUAAGUUGUUUUCUCUAUAAUAGUGAAAUUCAAGAAAGUGAAAGAAAUGACUAUACAGUAGCUAUUUAGCCUGUUUAGAUGAGAUCUUAGAUUAUAAUUUGCAGAAACGUUAUUUAAAUAUGAUAUGACUGAAUAUUUAAAAAUUGUGGUUACAUUUAAAAACUGUCAUCUUAAAACUACAUUAUGUGAAGCAAAAUCUGAGAUUACUUUGGAAAAUGCAAAUUUCUUGUAGUAAAUUGUUGUCAGACAGUCUAAUGAUUGUUCAAUUAAAGAUGUUAUGUGCCUGAUAUACAGUAGGAAGGGCAGAGGCUUUGUAAGCAUUUAAUUGCAUGUCUUCUUCCGAGGUCCCAUGCAUUCAAUUCAUACUGUAUGUUGAUUGUGCAGUUUUAGAUAUAUCAUCUUUAUUUUUCCCCAAAUGCUCUCAGGAACAGAUUGUUAUAGAGAUCUGUGUAAAAAACAACAUUCCACAGUUCUGAACAACAAACAUUCUUCUGUUAACUGCUAUUCACCACUAUUCACAACUUUUAGGCAACAAGUGGCAUUCCACUUUCUGUUGGAAACAAAAUUUUCAAAACCCAAUGUCCCAGAGAACACCGUGCUGUGGGAGUUGCUGCUGUUUGGAUAAGACAAGAAACAAAAUUCCUGAGUAUUUGGUUAUUAAAGGUCCCAUAGCGCUGUUUGUAAGAGAUGUGUUAACUUUGACAUCCUGAUAAUUCCACUCUGCACAAUCUCACCUUUCAUGUACUGCCCCUACAUUAAAUUCGGGAAGCAAUUUCUCCAAUCUGUAGCUUACAGUAUACUCUAUGUGAUGUAGUGGGUAGUGCAUAAUAGUUGUCAUGGGUCAUGCACGUACGUGCAACUCUUCAGUAGUGGACUAAGACGAUCCCCUCCUGUUUGUAAGGAGCUUUGAGAUUCUUUGAGAUCACCUCAAAAAUAUUAUUAUUUACAGUAAAAUGCAAUAGACGUAUCAUAUGUGGAGUAUACAGUAGACAAGCACAGAACUAUUUUGAUCACAAUCAUGUGGGAUUGAAGGUUCCAAACAGUAGGUCAUAGUCUGUGGAACAUUGAAAAAGCUGAAAUGAUCGAUUUUAGGUAAAACCUUAAAAGGAUGGUUCCAGCUGCUUAGUCCUCAAAACAGACCAUUUUUAACUUGCUUUUAUUAACUUCAGGGGUGUUAUCAAUUUUACAUUUACUAUAUAAGUAUUUUCAUUUCUCUUAUAGCUGUAAGCUGAAAAUUCUGCAGUCCAAUGACACAAGCCUACAUCUGGAUGUGGUACCAUAUUUGCAACAUCCUUUUAAAAAACAUCAUCAUGACUAAUUAAUAAUUAUUAAGAUUUUAUGUAUUUUUUUAUUAACUCUUAUACCAAUAUUGGGACAUUUCUCGGGGCUUAGCAUGCACUGCCUCUUGUGUUUGUCUAUCAGGACGUCCACACUAAGAAAAAUCAGUAUUGAAACCCAUAAUCAUUGCAGGUUUCAAUGUCGACAUUGAGCAGAAAAAUAACCUUUACGGAGGUGAGUAAGAAGUACAUUCUACAUUAAAAUUUUAAAAUAGUAGACCCUGGAGGAAAUGUGAAAACAAGCACAAUCGAUGUGCUCAAAUAACCUGGAUGUAUUUUUCUUUGGACACAUGCAUUGAUUUUAUUUUAAGCAUUUUAUAUUUGUUAAAAAGAAAACAACAAAAUUAUUAAUGUUUGUGUUGUUAACAGUGCAUCAAUAAACCAUGUUAUUAAAUGUUUAAGCUUUUGUAUUUAGAAAGUGUACAAUUAUAUACUGUAAAUGAA